GACAUUGCGGUAUUGGCAAGUCAAAUAAAACAGCAGAGGAAAUAAAAACACUAUGUCAUUCUUAUGGUUCUUCUGUUUCAAUUCUCAUCAUUUCCGGCCGGUGUAGUCUAGCUUAUGGUCAAAAAGUUCUUUUCGAAGGGUUUAAGUCUUAUCUCGAACUAGAUAUGAAAAAGCUUAAUCCUAAAGAUACUCCGAAACUCAUUAUCAGUCCCGAAAGCAUUCACAAACUUGGAGCAACUGGCUAUGAUAUAAUUAUACUAGAUGAGUUUGAAACUAUCACUCAGAAUUUUAGUGGACCUACUAUGAAAAAACCGAAGCUGAGCCACGACGUAUAUAAAUCCUUGCUUCAAUCUGCAUUAUUGAUAUUGGCUUUAGAUGCUACAUUAGAUUCAGACUCGCUUGUACAUUUACAAAAUAUUUCGAAAAUAGAUGCCGAAAAUUCAACCGUGAUAUGGAACCAACAUGUACAAGAUAAACGUCAUGCUCUUAUAUAUAUUAAUACCAAAAAAUGGAAUGCUGAAUUAAUUGGAGCUCUGAGACAAGGAUUAAAAGUCUAUAUUUCAAUGUUUGCUAGUGCGGAAAUGGCAGAAGCUCUUCAUAAAGAAUUGGCGUCUCAUGGGUAUCGAGGUAAAUGUUUUUCCAAACGGCUAUCAGAAACAGAGAAAAAAGACAUAUUUGCCGAUAUUAACGAUGCAGUGGCAAAUCUCGAUUAUUUAAUAGCAACUCCA